GGUGACGUCACUUCCGGGAUGUUGUCAGUCAGAAGUCAUCACCGUCAAGCGCAGUCGGUGUGUGUUUGUGUUCGUGUUUCCACUUCACCGCACUGGGUUCGAGUAGCAGAAUGGGCCGGGAUCUUUGUGUUCGUGAUGUACACUUGUUUUCACUGUAAUGCAGGGAGAAAGACUCGUCAGGGGAAGCAGUUUUAUUGAUGUUGCGGGGAUUUGUGUCGGUGAAGCGGGCUAGCUCACUGCGCUAGCUCGAGACAGGAUGAUUCGUUGGAUCCGACAACAGCUGGGCUUUGACCCUCCCCAUCAGAGUGACACACGCACAGUUUACAUAGCAAACAAGUUCCCACAGCAUGGCCAUUAUAUUCCUCAGAGGUUUGCAGACAACAGGAUCAUUUCCUCCAAGUACACCAUAUGGAACUUUGUCCCCAAGAAUUUGUUUGAGCAGUUCAGAAGAAUUGCCAAUUUUUAUUUUCUCAUCAUCUUCUUGGUUCAGUUAAUGAUAGACACACCCACUUCCCCUAUAACCAGUGGACUUCCCCUGUUUUUUGUCAUCACAGUAACUGCCAUCAAACAGGGAUUUGAAGAUUGGCUGCGGCACAAAGCUGACAAUGAAGUGAACGGAGCACCCGUAUUUGUUGUGCGCAGCGGCAGUCUGGUCCAGACCCGAUCCAAGAAUAUCCGAGUAGGUGAUAUUGUGAGAGUAGCCAAAGAUGAGACGUUUCCUGCAGAUCUGGUUCUCUUAUCAUCAGACCGGGCCGAGGGGACGUGCCACAUUACCACUGCCAGCCUGGACGGAGAGACUAACCUGAAGACCCACUAUGCGGUGCCAGAAACGGCUGUGUCUCAGUCUGUGUCGCGGCUGGAGUCUCUGCAGGCAGUGGUGGAGUGUCAGCAGCCGGAAGCAGAUUUAUACAGGUUUGUCGGGAGAAUAACAGUAACCCAACAAGGAGAGGAGAUAGUCAGACCUUUAGGACCAGAGAACCUUCUGCUUCGAGGAGCAAGAUUAAAAAACACCAAAGAAAUAUUUGGUGUGGCGGUGUACACGGGCAUGGAGUCCAAGAUGGCUCUGAACUACAAGUGCAAAUCCCAGAAACGGUCUGCAGUAGAGAAAUCCAUGAAUACAUUUCUCAUCAUCUACUUGGGCAUUCUGCUGUUUGAAGCCAUCCUCAGCACGAUUUUGAAGUAUGCUUGGCAGGCAGAGGACAAGUGGAACGAGCCAUUUUACAAUCAGAAGACUGAUCAAGAGAGAAACAGCAGCCAGAUUUUGAAGUUUAUAUCUGACUUCCUGGCUUUCCUGGUCUUGUACAACUUCAUAAUCCCCAUCUCGCUAUAUGUGACUGUUGAGCUGCAGAAGUUUCUGGGCUCUUUUUUCAUUUGUUGGGACUUGGAUCUGUACCAUGAAGAGAGUGACCAGAAGGCUCAAGUCAACACAUCAGACCUCAAUGAAGAGCUGGGCCAGGUGGAAUAUGUUUUCACGGACAAAACGGGAACCCUCACUGAGAAUGAGAUGCAGUUUAGGGAGUGUUCCAUCAACGGUAUCAAAUACCAGGAGAUCAAUGGGAAGCUUGUGCCUGAAGGAAUGACAGAAGAUUCACCAGACGGAUCGGUGCCUUGUUUGAACAGGGAAGAGGAGUUGUUCCUGAAAGCCGUCUCACUGUGUCACACGGUGCAGAUCAGUUAUGAUCAAACAGAUGGGCCGGGAGACCCGUUCUCACAUGCCAAUGGCUUCUCGCCUCAGAUGGAGUAUUAUGCCUCCUCUCCUGAUGAGAAAGCACUAGUGGAAGCCACCAAGAGGAUGGGUGUUACAUUCAUAGGAAGCCAUGGAGAAAACAUGAAGAUUAAAACAUUUGGAAAAGCAGAGAAGUACAAACUCCUUCAUGUUCUCGAGUUUGACGCAGACCGCAGGAGAAUGAGCGUGAUACUGCAGACGCCCUCAGGUGAAAAGGUGCUAUUUACAAAAGGAGCUGAAUCAGCCAUCCUCCCCUACACCAAGAGCGGCGAGAUCGAUAAAACCAGAGUCCAUGUGGAUGAGUUUGCUCUGAAGGGUUUGCGGACAUUAGUGGUGGCCUGCAGACACUUCAGUGCAGAUGAGUAUCAGGAAGUGGACCGGCGGCUCCAUGCAGCCAGGACGGCUCUGCAACAGAGAGAGGAACGACUAGUUGAGGUCUUCAACUUCAUUGAGAAAGACCUGGAGCUGCUGGGAGCAACUGGGGUGGAGGACAAGCUGCAGGACAAGGUUCAGGAGACGAUUGAAGCUCUGCGAUUGGCUGGGAUCAAGGUAUGGGUGUUGACAGGCGACAAGCAUGAGACAGCGGUUAGCGUGAGCCUCUCCUGUGGUCAUUUCCACCGCACAAUGAACAUCCUGGAGCUCGUGCAGCAAAAAACAGACAACGAGUGUGCCGAGCAGCUCCGCAGACUAGCCAGGAGGAUCAAAGAGGAUCAUGUGAUCCAGCAUGGGUUAGUGGUAGACGGGGCAAGUCUUUCUCUGGCUCUGCGGGAACAUGAGAAACUCUUCAUGGAGGUGUGUAAGAACUGCUCGGCGGUGCUCUGCUGCAGAAUGGCACCUCUCCAAAAAGCCAAGGUGGUGAGACUGUUGAAGACUUCCCCAGAGAAGCCCAUUACAUUAGCCAUCGGAGAUGGAGCCAAUGAUGUCAGCAUGAUCCAAGAGGCUCACGUUGGUAUUGGAAUCAUGGGCAAAGAAGGAAGACAAGCCGUAAGAAACAGCGACUAUGCAAUCGCGAGGUUCAAAUUCCUCGCCAAAUUGCUGCUUGUACAUGGCCAUUUCUACUACGUUAGAAUAGCAACCCUUGUGCAAUACUUUUUCUACAAGAAUGUGUGCUUUAUCACUCCCCAGUUUUUAUACCAGUUCUUCUGUUUGUUCUCACAGCAAACUCUUUAUGACAGCGUUUAUCUGACGCUGUAUAAUAUUUGCUUCACCUCUCUGCCCAUACUGGUAUACAGUCUGUUUGAACAGCUGGUGCAUCCACAUGUUCUGCAGAGCAAACCAGCACUUUACAGAGACAUCAGUAAAAAUUCCCAGCUGUCCUUCAAAACCUUUUUGUAUUGGACCUUCUUGGGCUUCUGCCACGCCUUCGUCUUCUUCUUUGGGUCCUACAUCCUGAUGGGAGAAGACACCACGCUAAUGGGAAACGGACAGAUUUUGCGAGCUAACAGGCAACUGAUGUUCGGAAACUGGACUUUUGGCACUUUAGUAUUCACUGUGAUGGUUAUUACGGUAACGCUGAAGCUGGCCUUAGAGACACAUUUCUGGACGUGGAUGAAUCACUUUGUCACAUGGGGCUCCAUCGCCUUCUACUUCAUCUUCUCCUUGUUUUAUGGCGGCAUCAUUUGGCCAUUCCUUCACACACAGGACAUGUACUUCGUCUUUGUUCAGCUGCUGUCCAGCGGCUCGGCCUGGUUUGCCAUCAUUAUCAUCGUCAUCACGUGCCUGUUUCCUGAUGUCAUCAAGAAAGUCUUUUACAGGCACCUGCACCCAACCAGCACGCAGAAAUCUCAGUUUAUUGAGGCCUACCAGGGCAUCGGAUGCGUGGACUCCAUGUGCUGUUUCUCAGAGGGGCAAAACGCCUGCUCACGGCUGGGCCGGCUGGUGGAGCGAAUAAUGGGCCGAUGCGACCCCGCUCGGGCCACAAGGUGCGACCUCUCUCUCUCUAGUCUCUGCUGUAAGCACAUCUCCUACAAGCUGGAGCACGAUGAGCCAUCAGCACUGGACGAGUGAGGGCUGCCACCGCACUCAAAGCAUUCCCUAAUGAUUACAGUAUAGAAUUUAAGACAGAAACGGGUGCAUUCAUUUGCCUUUAAUGUAACAAAGUUUAGCUAGAAGUUCAAGAGAGCUUUGUCACCUGGGAGGCUCCAGGUACGUACGUAUACAUGAAGACAUAGAAAAUUGUCAUGGAGUAACUUUGAGUCUGCUCUGCCAUUGUCUUCGUCUUUCAUCGUCUUUACCUUCUUUCGAGGUGCGUCCUUCUUUGCUGGUGUCGCUUUUCGUGUCUUCUCUAUGUAGCAGAUAAAUGUUCUCUGCUGAAGAUUCACCAUAAAUUUUGUGCCUCAUACGAGUCCAUAAUCGCUGAAGCCAUCUCGUCAUCCUUGUUCUCAGACAUCACACCCAGUUAUUAGCAAGGCAAACGUUUAUAGCGCCAAUUUAUGCAAGUAUGUGCUUGUCGAAUGUUGGACUAUAUGACUUGAUCCAUGUCAUUACGUGUUCUGAGACGUUGCAUCCCUGUUCAAGUGUUUUAUUCUGCGUCUUAGUCUUUGCCUUGCGUGUGUUCCUCUCCGUGGAGGGGUUUGUGAUGGCAUGCGACUGUAAUGCACUCCUAAGCCUCAGCUUUCAGUGUAACCGUUUUGACUGUCUGUAUCCGCACUUUGAGAAGCAGGGCGCUUCUGAAGCUACUCCACAGUGGUGAAAUGAGUACACGGAGACCUGGUCUCACUAAAUUUAAGAUUCCUGUUCCAGUUUUACUGCUAGAACACUGCCACUGAAGAGCAGGGUACUAGUGAAGACCUCUGCUCUGACUGGCCGAUGGUAGCCACGGUCAACAGCUACCGCUGUUGUGAUCGGCUCAUUUAUUGCAAAGACAAAAUCAACAAGGGACCAUAUCAUGAUUGAGUGAGACACUGGUAACUGUAGUCUCCAAGAGGAUUCUUGAAUUGCUUUUGUUAUUUUAAACUUGAAGCCUUACGGAAGUCAAAUCCGUCUGUCUAACUGCAUGGAGGCAGCAUUUCAUAUCCAGUGUGUUAAGUGGUCGGUGAAUGCCAGAGUGUGUGUUCUACCUAGACAGUUUACUCUGCUUUGUCGUUUACCCUAUUUUUCCAUCUCCGUCUUGUCUAUCUCAAAUGAAGCAUCUAAACAAUUAUACAUUGUUGCAUUUAUCAAUGAUCUGUACUGCUUUUCUUACUUUUGUCUUCAGACCAGCGGUUCUCAACUGGUUGGUCACGGUGUGUCCAAAACUGGGUCAUAUGUUGUGUAAAUUUGUAAUAGGAACAAUAAACAUUUCCCAUAUCGUUGGAGUUUAUGGCUUUGUGAGCCGCACUCCAUGUAGCACUAAUUGCGCUUCAGACAAUCUGAGUUUGAGUCCCGGUUCAUAGACAUUUACUGAUCUCGUCUCCCACUUUGCUUCCUGCCAAUUCUCUAUACAGCCAUGUCACAAUACAGGCAAAAAUGGCAAAAAUAAAUUUUAAAACACACUUCACAUUUCUUUUUUGUCAACCAAUCAGAUGAGGACUUCGAAACUCCUGAAGUGUUUUCAAAUUUGUGUGCCAUAAUGCAUCGGAUGUUCAGCCAACGGUCUGUGGGCAUGACGUCUGAUGCAUUAUGGCACACAAAUUGAAAACACAGGAGUUUCGAAGUUGUCAUCUGGUUGGUUGAAAGAUGCUGUGAUGCCAAACCCCCUUAUGGAAAAAACAAGCUGUUGUGUUUACAACUGUGACAAUGAGCACUUAUCAGGAUCUAAAUGCUGGAUUUUUGAAAUUGUGUGAAGUAUAUAAAGUUUGUGGCAUAGACUCUUUAAAAUACAUCCAAGUGUUUUACACACCGUUCUGUUAUUGAAGGGACAUUGGCGUCAUUUCAAGCAUUUUCAAGCCCCUAAACAUGAAGCGGAACAAAACAAAUUUUGAUUGGCUGCUUUACAUGUCAGUCAGACGGCCUCUUGGGCAUUCCUUGGCCAGUGAAAGCCCAGACCUUCUGCCGUCAGCCUGAAGGUCUGGUUACGCAAGAGUAGGCAGACGCCAGCAUGCCCUCAUCCACCAAAACAAGCAAUGUUUCUUUACCCUUGCGCAGCUUUGUUCAAUGUGUUUUUGUAUGAUUUUGUAUGACACUUGGGUCAAACCAGUUGAGAACCACUGCUUUAGACAAUGAAAGAGAUUGUUUACUAUUGUAUGAAGUCAGUAAGCCACAUUUACCGUGAAUAUACAUUUAAUCAAAUAAAUGCAAACACACACUCUAAUUUAAACUUUUUACCUCUUCAAGAUCUUAAAACGGUUGUCUUCAUCUGCAACAUAUGAAGAUGGUACAUUUAAUUUGCCCUCUACUACUUUCUUACAUGUAAUCCAAAGAUAAUUGCAUUACUGUAGCUAUCGGUGUAUUCUUGAUCUUAUAUAGCAUGGACCUAUAUAAUAUGGCUGUUCUUUAAGGGGAUUAGUCCUUUUGAUAAAGACAAUGCCCUCUGGUGUUCAAGAGUAGCAGGUAUGGCGUUGGAGGAAUACAGCUUUGGAGCGGCUUCGAUCCUCAAGGGCUGCUUAAUUCCGCUCUAUUUACAAAUAUAAUAUAAAUUUUAUAGUAAACCUAUAUACACAUAUUUUUCUACAAGCAAUAGAUUUAUGUUAUGAAUUAGUUUCUAUAUUUACUUAUAUGCUGUAAAUAAUCUUUGUUUCAUAUAUAGGUAUCAUACCCUACAUAUAAUGCCUAGGAAAAGGUUAAUACUUUCAUAAGAAUGUAAUCUAUGUAAAUGUCAAGGCUGUGGAAGGAUGUUGUGUUUAUAUUUGUUUAUUGUCUUAUUAACCAUGCACAUUAACCCAUCCUGCACUAACAUGUCCUCAUCCAUUUCUCCAUUGGCUGUGACUCUUGUCUGCUGCAUACUGAUCUUCAUGCACUAAGAGUUAAUUUAAAGAGAGAUUUAGAAAUAUACUCUUGCAACCUAAUAAUUAAUAACUCAUUUACACAAUAGCAAGACAGUAAACUUAAUCAUGGAUCCUAACAGGAUACAAAUAAAGAGCUAAAGUUAGAUAUUCCUCAGUGAUUGUUUGAGUUACACAAGGUGUCAAUUUGAAGUAAAUUUUAAUAAUUUUUAAACCAUCAUUUUGAAACUAAUCUUACAAGCAUUUUGGACAUUUUAAUCUAACAGGAUGGAUUUUCUUUUAGUUUUUUAAGUGAGACAAAUCAAGUAAUUCCAAACUAUCCACACUGUCCCCCUCAUUGUUCGCAAUUUCCUUGAUACUUCCAGAUCUUGGAGCGACUCUGACACCUUCUUCUCCAAUGACCGGAGCAUCCUGACGCUCUCACCCAUGGAGGUCUCUCAUUGCUAAUGCACCAGCCCAAAAAGGAAAAUGCCGGCCUACCCUUUACCCCUUCCCCCUGCCCUUGUCCAAUCACCAGCCAGACUUUCACAGAUGUCACACUUUAAAAGCUCUGUUAAUCAGAGUGUCAUGUCAUAUGUGUUCAGCAACAAAGGAUACGCAGCAGUUCCUCCAAAAACCAAAGGAUGUGUCUGACUUGAAAGUUUCCGCUGCUCGUAAACCAUGGAACUGUACAAAAAGGGCCACCAUCUUUCCUGAGGAAAAUGAGGGGGUCUGUUUGAAGCCAUAAUUUCCUCUUUUAAUUGCCUGAUUUUCAAGGUAUUAAAUGUGAGCGCAGUGUAGCUCUAGCUCACAAACCUGUAGCCUCCUACCCUAAGAUGCCUACCUGUACACCCAGACUGUCUUGGUUUGUACAGAUUAUCUUGAUGCAUGAAUGUUGCGGAGUUUUUGAUGGAAACCUCGCAUAUCGUUCUUGAACUCAAUCACUUUAACCUCCAUCAGUCAUGUGCCUGCAUAUUAUUUCUCGUUUCCUCUGUCUUGCACAUGCUAAAUUGUCAUUUCUAACUAUUGUCAUCAGUUCAUUUAUCAUUGUUGCUGUGUUCCUUGUUUUUCUGCUUUUGUUGCUAACCACUUGUCAAAGCUGUUUAAUUAUUUUGUUUUGUGUGUAUGCGUGUGUGUAUUUAAUCGUAUAAGAGGGCAUAGUCUGAUAUUCAUCCUACAUGCACCGUGGGUUAUUGUAAAGCCGGAGCAUUGAGACAACCGUUUUAAACUUGCUUAGAUCAACUAUAUUGAAGUUUAUGAUAUCAGACUGCAUGCUACACUUUGGUCAUUCUGUCUCAAUAACCCUGUAACAGAGGCCUAAGUGAACUGGACGAUAAAAAUGCUCCAUUUUUGAGGAGUCUAGUCUUGGGAUUUCUCUUUAUUUUUGCUGCAAAGGGCGAGACAGUUUGAAAUCUGGUGCCGUGACCCGGGUGGCAGUUGGAGAAUCAGAUUUUAUGAUGGAGUACAGUUACGUUUUGAAUUGUGAAUUACUCUAUUUUGGUACUUCUCUUUAGUUUUUAUUUGUAUAUCACUUCACACAUCAAUGUUCAAACCCGCAUCCUGACCGCUGAUCAUAACUGUUUCAAAUCUUGCGUUGAAAUCCAGCGGCUGAAUUGUGUUGCUAUAUAAUGUGUUUUCAUGAAUUAUAUAGCAAUGCAGUAUGCCAUUUGUUACUUAGAGACAUUAGCAAUAAGACUCAAUCUAGACUGGACAUACCUGUUCUAGCUGUGAUGUCAAUCAUCCAUGUUGCGGUUUUAUCUUUUUUUUGUGUAAACAUAUGUUCUUCUAAUUGUACUCUCCUUACAGUGAAUAUGAUUAUUUGCCGAUGUUUAUGAAAGUUCUAUUUACAGAAUAAAUACAUUUGUAAAAUCUA